GCGGCGGUCCUGCUUUGCAGAAGCUCGGUGCGUGUGGCCCGCCUGGCACCUGCGGUCCGUCUUGUGGGAGCCCGAGUUGUGUGGGAGCCCAGAUUGGGGACCUCAGUCCCCCGUGCGCAGCGGAGAUCGCCGCGGCGCCUGGGAGAUGCCCCGGAGUCAGGCGCGUCAGAACGCGCCAGUGAACCCAGCUCGGGAAGAGCUAGCGCCCGAGUUCGCAGAUCAGCUCAGGAAGAUUGGAGACAAACUGUACUGCGCGUGGUGUGAACCUGACGUAACCGCGGUGCUGGCGGAGAUGCCUGGCAAGAGAGCGCGAAAGAGCGCGGCGAGGAGCCCUAGCCCAACGCGGCUGCCAGCAGAUCUGGAAGACCAGUGUGCUCAACUCCGGAGAAUUGGAGACAAACUGAAUUUCCGGCAAAAACUUCUGAAUUUUAUUUCCAAGCUUUUUAGUUUAGUAACCUGAAUUCUUCAAAAGCUUUUGCAAAAAGGGACCUCCUAGAAAGGAAGUUCCCCCAGCUGGUGCAGAUGUCUGGUAUUGGAUGGACUUGUAUGUGAUGUUAUGGAAAGGAAUGAGGAGAAACACUCACUUGCUUUUGGUUCACUGAGCAGGGAUGAUGAAUGAGAUGGAAAUGAAUGUCUUCAGGAAAGUCUUCAAAAAUCGUUCCUUGAGAUGUGGUAACGUGAAACCACAUUUAUUUUAAAACAAGACUAGAGGAGUCGUGGAAAUUUGAGAGUUGGUCUUCUGGCAUUUCUGCCGAAGGUUGUUGUCAAGAGUAAGAGAAGGGGACACGGCAAAUUAUUUCAGUGGAUGGGAGAAAGUAAUUCAGUAUUGCUUUAUUGCUUCUUGCUUUUUCAUAACUCCAGAACAAUUUACAAUAUUUUGUUUCAUCCACAUCAUCUUCUAAGAGAAAACAUUUCAUUUUUGACAACACUGAAUGUUUUAGUAAAAACUGAUUUUGUAGGUCACUACAAACUUGUGUCUGUUGAGAUGACUUUUCAAGUGUGUUACUGUAACCGUUAACUGGAAAGUAAGGGAAAACUACCAAGUAACUGAAAAAAAUUAGAAGUGUAGCAAGGUCACUUGGUGCCAGUAAAACGUUUGCAGAUUGAAUAUUAUGAUAAAAAGAGAGUUUGGAUUUUAUGUAACCCGAGACAAUGGAAAAACAAACUUUUAAAAGUUGAUGCAAUUAAAACUUAGUAAAAGAUUCAUAAGUUUCUAAAGUUUUUUAACCCUCCAAAAGUAUUUCUUUUGUUUACUUGCUUGGGGGGGGUGGGGAGACAGGGUUCCUCUGUGUAGCCCUUGCUGUCCCAGAAGUCCCUUUCUAGACCAGGUUGGUAUCAACUUUGCCUCCCGAGUGCUGUAAACGUGAAAUUCAAACUACUCAAUAGCAAAUCAAUCCUGGUUAACAGAGGCAAGAGACAUUUCCAAAAAGGCAGAUGGCCAACAGGUAUGAUUCAGAGAACUAUAAACAAAAGCCACCAUGAGGUGGUCUUGUAGUCUCUGGAUUUGCCAGUUUUUGGAAAUGAAAUAUAAUAAACUUGUUAAGGACUUGAGAAAGAAUUUUUGUAUAGUUUGUUAGUAUUGUAAGGUAGGACACUUAGUCUGUAAAAUGACAUUGAGGUUCCUUGAGAAGCUAAGACAUGAACCACCUUAAACCCAGCCGUCCCGCUACUGAGUAUAUAUGCAAAGGUGUUGAAAUCUGUCUGCUGAAGGGAUGUUUACUACAUUUUUUAAUUAUUUGUAUUAGCCAAGACAGUGAAACAACUGAUCAAGGGCUGAAAGGACUUUAAAAGUGGGAACAUAAACAAAAUUGAAUCUUAAAAAGCAGAAAACGUUAUUUGUCAGACAUGGAUAUUACAUAACCCAGGCACCUCUACACACAUCAUUCUUCUAUCAUUCAUAUUGCGACAAAAAUCAAAGUGAGCAAAAAGGAGUAAGAUGGCUGGGGAGGGUAUGGGAGACAAGAAAAGGGCCACAUCAGUUUUAGGGUGCAAAACUAGAAGAGGGUUCUGAUAUUCCCUUAUACAGGAAGACAACUACAAUUCAUGUGUAUUUGAUAGAAACUGAGUGGAUGUGGCUUGUUCUGACCACAAGGCUAUGAUGCCUACCAGAAAUGAUGGGGUAUGCAUAAUAAUUGUUUGAUCUUUUCCCAGGGUAUCCAUGUAUUGAAUCUCAACCCUGUAAACACACGUUUAAUUUGUCAGUUAACUAAAACAAAAAGAAAUGUCCAAAAAAGGAAAUAAUCUUAUGAUUGCAUUUACCAGGAUAAUAUUUUACAUAUUUAAUAAGUUAUUUUUUUUAGUUUGAGCAUGUGUGUGUCACUUUCAUUUUUGUUUUGAGACAAGGGUUUCAUGAGCACAUGAAGGGUGUCAUGUGGCACAUGGAGCUAGUCAGUUUGGAGAUGUUACCUCAGCAGUUAGUGGGCCUUAGCAUUAAGGUUGUUUACUUGGAAGAUUUUUUUUUCUUUGAAGGUAGACAUUUUGCCAAUGGGUAUUUAUGGUCUGUGACUGUAUUUAUAUGUAUGUUUCUGAAGACUGACACUGUGGUCUGAACUAUUAAAUAAAGGUGGAUACUGUAGCCACUAUUC